GAGUCAAAGACAGUUCUUCUCCAGAGUAUUUGUGUGAAAUAAACUUCACACACUAACCAGGGUGUCAAGUGUUGCUCCAUUUGCUGGUUGAAUCUGAGGGAGACAAUAACAUUUGCUCUUUGUGGUCUGCCAAAGUUGUAGGCAAAUGGAAUGUAACAAAGAUGAAGCUGUCCGGGCCAAAGAAAUUGCUGAGCAGAAAUUAACCAAGAAGGACAUUGCUGGAGCUCAAAAAUUUGCUUUGAAGGCUCAAAAUCUGUUUCCAGGCCUUGAUGGACUUUCUCAGUUCCUGGAAGUGGUCAAUGUGUAUGUUGCUCAUGAGAAGAAGACUGAUGGUGAAGUGGAUUUUUACAGCGUCCUUUCUGUAGAGCCCUCAGCUGAUGAAGAAACUAUAAGGAAACACUACAGAAGGCUUGCUCUAGCUCUUCACCCUGAUAAAAAUCAUUCUGUUGGGGCAGAUGGGGCGUUUAAGAUUAUAUCUGAAGCAUGGAACUUGUUGUCUGAUAAAAGCAAAAGAAUGAUGUAUGACAGUAAGCGUGCUUUGAGGAAUGCAUCCAUGCAAGCCAACCAGCAUGGAUUUCGUAAUUUCUCCAUGAGCCCAGCAAGUGCAAGAAACUCAACAAAUGCUAAUUUCGAGCCCGUUCCGGUGGCUCCCCAGCCAUCAAAAGUUGAGUCAUUCUGGACAUUGUGCAAUCUAUGCCAGAUACGGUAUGAAUAUUUAAAGAUUCACCGAAACAAAAUUAUUAUGUGCCCCAAAUGUCACCAGUCUUUUCAUGCAAGGGAGGUAGGUGCUCCUGUGAAAGAUCAAGGUUCAUCUUUUCCAUGGCCUUCCCGCCAGCAGCAGCAGGGUACAAACCCUGCUGCUAAUGAAUCUUCUGCUUCAGGUGUCUCUACAGCAUCAAAUUCAGUACAAAGUGGAUAUUCUGGCUUUGGCUCAACAGUUAGGGCAAAAACUCAGCAGGAUCAAAUUUUUAAGAAGAGAGAUGCAAAUGGUGUGCAGCGCUAUGCCACUACAGCUAAGCAAGCUGCACACCCUGGCCAGCCAGCUGGUGGAAUCUCGAAGAGAACUCAUGCAGAAGCGGCUUCAAGUGCACCGAACCCAGCUUUUCUGAAGAAAAGCAAUCCAUUCUUGAAAACUGAUGCAGGUUUUGUUCCUGAUUCAGUUUCCUCUAGUUCUAAAGCUGACAGGCUAAUAAAAAAGAGACGCACAGCUGAGUUGAAGUGUAAAUUUCAAGGUGCAGGUAUGAUAAAUGAUAUUGCUGCAAAAGGUGGAUCUAGCCAAGGAAACAUACAUGGAAAUGAGAAUGGUGUUUUGAGAGCUGAGAGGGUUGCUGCUGUGGGAAGUAACAAACCUAGGAGUUCAAUGGAGUUAUCCAAUUUAGAAAUUCGCAAUAUGCUGAUGAAAAAGGCAAGGAUGGAGAUCAACAAGAAGCUGAAAGAAUGGAGCACAACUGCUGCUUCUCGAACUUCAUCUAAGAAGGAAAAAGAAGUAGAAAUGAAGAAGCAAAUUAUCAAAAAUGAUCUGAGAAGGAAUAAAGUUGCUCAUGAUGUUGUGAUGAAUUACAAAAUAUUACGCAAGCAGGAAAAUUUGCCCGUCUUUAGUGCUCCUACUGACUUAGAAUCAGAAGCUAAGUCAAUGACUGUUCCGGAUCCGGACUUCCAUAAUUUUGACAAGGAUAGAACGGAACAAUCUUUUCAUGAUAAACAAGUAUGGGCUGCUUAUGAUAAUGAUGAUGGCAUGACACGUUAUUAUGCUUUGAUUCACAAAGUGAUAUCUAGAAAGCCAUUUAAAGUGCAAUUGAGCUGGCUGAACUCCAGAAACACCUCUGAACUCGGCCCAAUGAAUUGGAUUGGCUCAGGCUUCCUCAAGACCUGUGGAAAUUUCAGGAUAGGCAGACAUGAAGUCAAUAUGACGCUCAAUUCUUUCUCCCACAAGGUCAAGUGGGUGAAAGGGGUGGGAGGUGUUAUUCAAAUUUUCCCCAGAAAGGGGGAUGUUUGGGCGCUGUACAGGCAUUGGUCUCCUCAAUGGAAUGAGCUUACUCCUGAUGAUAUGAUACACAAUUAUGAUAUGGUGGAAGUGCUUGGCGACUACACUGAGAAAGAAGGUGUCACAGUUGCUCCAUUAGUCAAAGUAGCUGGCUUUACGUCAGUAUUCCGUCGGCAUUUGGACCCUAAAUAUCUUCUCCAUAUUCCAAGGGAAGAGAUGUUUUGCUUCUCUCAUCAGGUCCCUUCAUAUUUGCUCACAGACCAAGAAGCUCCAAAUGCUCCCACUGGUUGCUGGGAGUUGGAUCCUGCGGCCCUGCCCUUAGAAUUUCUUAGAGUCAUGACAGACACUGAAAUAGAGGCUCGUGGAAAAGUUGCAGAGACUUCAAAGUUGGAAAGGACAUGUGGUGAAAGCAAAGAGAAGGAGAAGUCCUAUGUGGUUGGUGACAACAGUGCGACAAAGGGCGAAGAGACUCUCAGAGAUUCCAUGAGCGUUGUCAAACAACCCAUGGUGACAUAUUCAAGAAAGAAGAAGGAGAAGGCAGAAGCAAGUACCAUUGAAACCAAGAGAGAGAAAAGCUAGGUUGCUGCUAAAGGCUUCUAGCCAAUGAUCAAGUAAUUUUGGUGCUUUCUGUAGUUUCAGCUCGAACCUCCUUGUUUGAUUGCUAAUGAUAGAGUAGUAUAGAUAAGAAGCUAAUCCAGCACCCAAGUGAACAUUUGGCCUUGAUUUUUUGUGCUUCUAUAGGUUUACCAGAUCAAGA